CGCCCCCCGGUUAAAUACUGGCUUGUUAUAGUCUUAUUAGUAUCUAGCUAAACGGCAGCUUUUUACAGACACAAAGACAGGCUUGCUAGCUAACUGAAUACUACGUCGUUUAUGAGGCGAGCGGACAGGAGUGCAGAUUUCUUUUUCUUUCUGUUGGGACAGACCCAUGGAAUUUGUUAGCUCGGCUAACGCUAGCUAUCUAAACAAGUGGGAAGCUAGGAUAACUAAGGCUAGCUAAAUUUUACUUCCAGCCUUGAAAAUUCAUCUUCAUUCCCACACAACGGAUCGACGGUGAAAUAGUGAUGAACGGCUGUGAGAUGGACGUCAACGAUAACUUGGAUAGUUUUUCGCGAAAUUCUCUGUCGCUAAUUUUCUUGACGUUCCUUCACCAACGGCCCUGUCACAACGUCGAGCUCCAAAUGGAGUUGGAUGAACUGGACCACAAAUUACAGUUCCAGUUAGUUCUAGAAGUAGGAUACGACGACAACCGUCUGAUUGACUCCAACAUCGAAUGUGAUGGCGGCUUGGAAACGGAUGGACACUCUUCCCAGAGGUCCCUGAGGAGCCUUCAGCGGGAACUUUUCCCUCAAGUUCAGCUUGAAUUGCCGGUAAAUGCUCAAGAAAAUGAGGGUGUAAGGGAGGUGGCUGCAGAGAUCAUUAGGAUUGCAGAUGAGAUCAAUCACUCCAUCAUCUCUCAAGCUGCAGAGAGGCUGACCAAGAAACUCAGCAGCUCUCCCCGGAAUUGCUGGUGGAACCACCUGUCUCAGGGUGUAGAAAGCUUACUGCAGGAAGUGCCUUGUGUCCAGACUGAGCAGGCAAUGAUGGCUCUCACAUUCUCCCUGGUGAAAGCAGCAUGUGAGCUUGCCCCUCGCCUGCUGUGGGAUCUCUAUAAUGUCUUGAUGCAGUAUAUCUCGUUUGCCAGGCCCAGGUGAUCCAUUACAGUUGUUUUCAAGUGAGUUGUUUUCAACUUGCUCCAUCAUCUGUAUUUUUAAAAGGUAGUUACAUCUUUACUUUUCUAAAACAAGUAUACAGACUACUGUUUUGCCAUUUGUUUGCUGUUAGCCAUAAUGCAAGGUUUUGAAAAAUAAGGAACACCUGUGUGUAGUGGUACAGCCUGCAACUUGUAUUCAGGCUUCAGUCCCAGCUGUGCCAUAAUGGAAUUCUUUGGUGCAUAUUAAGAUGUUGGAGGUUAGAAAUGAUGGCAUGCUAGUUCUUCACAAGGAAGCCAUUUACAGUUAUUCCUGACUGAGUUAUAUUCCCAAACAGAACAGCGUUUACAAAUUUUUGUGACCUGACCAGAUCUGCAUAGCAGCGAUUCAUUCUGUGCCUUUGAGAGCCACAGAAACUUGUGUAACAGGAAGUGAUUUCAUUACACGUUUAUAUAAAAACAGUCCUAUUCACAUGAAAUGAGUGGACCAGCAGUAAAGGAAUUGUUUUUCCUUUGUUACUUUCUUUUCCUAACAAAUACUUUAUGUGAAAGAAUCUUUGUAAUGAAAUGGACAUUCCUUGUUUAAGUUGUUUUUGUUCUGUGUUUUCUGUGCUGCACUGAUUUAGUAGAUAGUGUUAUAAAUAAAAGUGAUGACUCUUGA